AUGUCUAAAUAAAUCUCAUAUACCAUUUGUGAUUGUGGAGAAUGUCAGGGUGCUAUCUAUUUAGAUAAUAAUGAUCAUAAUCAAGAUUACCAUGAUGAUGAUGAUGAUGAUGAUGAUUUUGAAUCUUAAUUAGAACAAAGUCAAGAUACAGAGUUUAUCAAAUUCUUAUUUGGAAGUUCAGAUUAUAAAUAAGCAGCUAUAAUAGCAUUUUUGUAUAUUGCCUUAGCUAUUUAAGCUUUUUAUUCAGGAUUAACAAGUUCAAGUGUACAUUUAACAGAAGAGAGCUUUGAUUGUAUUUUAAAUUCAAUAGUAAUUGUAUUUGCAAUCUAUUGUGGAAUUAAAGCAAAAACAUUUUAACCAACAAAAACUUUUCCCUUUGCUAUGUAAAGAUUAGAAUAUUUAUCCUCAUUCACAUUAUGUAUCCAUGUAUCAAUAUUAACAAUGUUCCAAAUAUCAAGAAAUGCACAUGAAAUUUUAGAGGAUCUUCAUUUUAUUAAUCAUCCUACUGAUAAACAUGAAGAAAAUUAACAUAAUGAAUUGUACUAUGCUUCAUUUAGAAUAGUUUUGUCAUUUACAGGGAUCUUUUUAUUUGUUGAAUACAUCCAAUAAAAUUUCGUUACUGAUGAAUUAAUUUAAUAAUUUAUACAAAACUACAAAGAUUUAAUAAAUUCAAAUCCAUCUAAUUAUUACUAUACUCAUUAUUUGAAUAUGCAUGCUAUUACAAUGUUAUUUUUAUGUGAACUACUCUUUAACAUUGGUACAUUUCUAGAAUGUAUGCUUGAUAAUACCUUGUCUUAUGCAGCUAUAGGUACAAUAAUUGCCAUUACUAACACAAUCAUUAUGAUAGUAAAAUAUUUUUUUAUAUAUAGAUUUAAUUAUCACCAUUGGUCCAAACUUCUAUAUAGGCACUUCUCUUGGCAACAAAUGAAAACUUCUCAAGUAUAAGACAAAGACUCUCAGAAUUCAAUAGUGAUAUAUAUAUUUGGAAUCAUGGAGCAGAAUAUAAUGCAAUAAUUAUGGCAUCAGGAUCAAAUAAAAGAGAAACUAGAUAAAAGAUUAAGGAAAUAGCCAAUCAAAAAUUUAAAAAUUGUUUUGUGAAUAUUGCUUGA